GUUGGGUUUGGCUCUUGAGAAGAUUAACUUCAAGGAGUUCUCAGUAUACCAUAAUAGAAAAUAAAUUAGGGAACGUACAUUCCGCUUCGUGAUCGUGGUAUUACUUUAGCCAUCAUGUUACGUCAAACGUCUGUGCUGCAGCACUUUAGGGCUAAAAUAGAACUUGACCGCAUACGAGGCCUUCUGCGCGGGCGAGCCCGCCUUGAGCGCAAGAUUGGCUUGAAGCGACUCUUCUUCCUGAUGCGCACGCAGACUCGCUAUCGGGUUGAGCAGAAGGCUUUCUGGGAACGGGCUAUAGUGCGUAAAAAUGUUGAUAGUGCUGCACAGGAGCAUGGUUCGAGCUGGAUGUACCUUCGGAAUGAUCUUGCCCGGCAGAACCUCUUGUUAUUGCCUCGUACGCAGCAGAUAUUAGCGCAAUACGAGCCGUUGGCUUUUCGCGCUAUUGUCGAGCUAUGCGCAUCGCGCCUACCCCCACCCCCACCCCCGAUGACAGCGCAAAUCCCCGAAGAGGUCUACCUGCUUCACGCCUCGAGCUCCUCGGAAAGCCACCCCGCCGCACGGAGGGAAUUGCGAGAAGGGGUGGAAAGGAUGCUCAAGGCUGGGAAGUCGGAAGCCCUGGAAAAAGGAGGCCCUCGCACCGUCGAGGGCUGGAUGGACGUGUGGAAGGAGUUUGAUGUCGGGUCUAUCACGAAAAAAAACGGAGGGGAAUGA